AGAGUACCAAAUUUUGAUGCUAUAUAUAUACCUUGCUGCAUCAUCCCGUCAAAACUUACUGAAAAAUCAAACAAUAAAUUCUGGGGGGAAUAAGAAAAAGAGGAAAGAAUCAAUCUUUGGUUUUCUUACAAAAUGCAGAGACUCAAAUCUCUCAACAAGCUCCUCUCCAAAACAAACCUCUCAAGAACCUCUGUUUUUAAUUUCAGUUCCACAAACCACCACCACCAUGAAUUCUUCUCCUCCCAGUAUACCUCCUGGUCAUCACCAUCCUCUAGGUUAGGAGCUCAGAAAAUUUCUGAUGGGCUGUGCUCAAACCCAGUUGUCAGAAAGGUUCUAUGGAGGAGGAACACCAUUGUGAAGAAUCAGUCUGGUCAAAUUAGAGGGCUUUUUUAUGGUACGGCUAAGAAGGGUUUCGGUGGAGCUGCUAACUUUCAGCACAUCCGAAAUUAUCAGUCUAAUUACCGUUUCCGUUCCAACUACACUUCUUGGUUCCAGCGGCUAACAGCUGAUGGCGUUGUUCUGGGAUUGAUUGUGACUAAUGUAGCAGUUUUUUUGUUAUGGCGGGUUGCUGAUCGUUCUUUUAUGAUGAAAAAUUUCACUAUCUCUUUGGACAAUAUACGAAGCGGAAGAAUACACACGGUGCUUACUUCUGCAUUCAGUCAUAUAGACACUGGACAUAUCGUCUCUAACAUGAUUGGACUCUAUUUUUUCGGCACAAGUUUGGGAAGAGUUUUUGGCCCCGAAUUUGUGCUGAAAUUGUACCUAGCUGGAGCAGUUGGCGGCUCAGUUUUCUAUCUGGUGCACCAUGGUUUCUUGGCCCUUUCCUCCGAGAAACGACAGAUGAGGACUUUUGACUCUUCACGAGUACCUGCUUUGGGAGCUAGCGGGGCGGUGAAUGCUAUAAUGCUUCUUGACAUUUUCCUCUUUCCCACAAAGACUCUCUACUUUGACUUAAUCAUCCCAGUUCCAGCCAUCUUAUUGGGGAUCUUCCUUAUUGGAAAAGACAUGCUACGGAUUUUGGAGGGAGAUAGUCAAAUAUCUGGAUCUGCUCACUUGGGUGGCGCCACUGUUGCUGCAGCAGCAUGGGCACUAGUGAGAAAAGGACGCCUUCGGUUCUAGAACAGUACAUUUGUAAAGGGUUAAGCUUAAUCACAUUGAAUAAUUAAACUUUGUAGCAUCUACUGCUCUAGUUAUUCGGUUAGUAGUAGCAGGGAAGUUGGUCUUCCAUGGCACUUCGGCUGCAGUAGAGAUGAAGUUGAAUUUCUGAGAUGAUGCUAUUCAAUUAAAUAUUCUGACAUAUGCCCUGUUGGAACUCGAGGCUAUGCAGCGAGAUAAUUUAGGUUGUGUAAAUUGUCCUUGGUUUUACACAAACCAGACAGAACAGAGCAGGAGGUAUAAUAUAGUUGCCAUUCUUCGGUACUGUUGAUGAAAUUUCAACUAUUAUUACUGCGAGAUUUUGAAGUAUUUUUGGCAGCUUCACUAUGAUUCUUUAUGCUCCUUUGGAUGUUCGCUCCGCGUAUUUUCCUUCUUGCUUGUGGGUGUUGCAAGCUAUUAAGUAAGCUAAUUUUUAUUCUCGUCUCAGAAUAAGAGUUACGUUUAUUGUUCUAAUUCGA